AUGGAUAAUAUUUCUAAUAGAUCUGAUGAUGUUGACUUAUUCAACCAUGAAGGUGCUGAGAUUCAGAAUAACAUUAAUGAUCAUGAUACGGAUGGGAGUGACAUUGAUAAUAAUGAUUACAAUAUGGAUGGAA